AUGGCUGAAUGCGAAGGAUAAACUGGAGCUGAGAGAGGGGCUCAGGAUUUAGAUCAAAUCUUUGCUAAUGCUGAUGGAGGCAUGCCACCCGAUCCAGAGGAAAUUCAAGAGAUGCUAAUGAAAGCUCAAGGUAAAACCAUCAGAAUGACAAUGGGAUUAAAGAUGCUAUCUAUGGUAGAGCCUAUUGAUGGAGUAAAAUUUGAAUUGAUGGCACCUUUAUCGCAAAGAUUUCAAUUGGGAGGAUCAUGGGUCUUCUCCAACACAAAAGCCAAUAAAUUUGAGCUCCAAACAGCUUUGAGUUCUGUCGUUAAUCCCAAUGCAAUGUUCGCUUAAGAUGAAGUGAGCUUUGUCUCCACUAGAUCUGAUUCAACUGGCAAGCUUGAAUUCAGUGGUUCCUUGAAUCUCGGUUACUAAACAUCUUUGAAAGCAGAGGGUUUCUUCAUGGAUUAGGAUGUUUAAAAAUCACAUUUGCAAUUCGAAUUGAUGAAGGAAUUCAAUGAUUCUCACAUCUCAUAUAAGUUCGGAGCUGGUUCAUAUUCACUUAGCAUGAUGCAAUCUCUAAGCUCAAAGCUUAUUGCAGGUUUCGAAAUGAUGUAUAUUCCUCAUACUACAGAUAUACACUUUUGUUAUGGAGCUAACUACAAUCAUGAUAUUCACUCAUUCUACACUCAAUAUAUUCCAAUGGCUAGGAAAGAAACUCUAUCAGUUGGAUAUGUUGGAAGACCAAGCAGAAGACUCACAUUAUUCAGUGAACUAAAGGGAUCAUUGGACGGCUUCAGUGAUACUAUUCUAGGUUUUAGAGUUAAAUUCCUUGAGGGUAUCAUCACUGGUUCCUUCUCAUCAUCCUUCAAAGCAACGAGUGUUUAUAGAAGAGUAGUUGAAAACCUGAUAAUGCUGUAAUUCAGCAGUUAGAUUGACUUCCAAAAGCCAGAAAAACCCGCAGUAUUUGGUGUAUCUCUCUCAUUUGGUGGAAUGUGA